AUGGUCCAGCGACUGACGCUUCGACGACGCUUGUCGUACAACACCAAGUCCAACAAACGCCGUAUUGUUCGCACGCCUGGUGGACGUCUGGUGUACCUGUAUGAGAAGAAACGCCGCACUCUCCCGAAAUGUGGUCAUUGCAAGAAGGAGCUGAGCGGUAUCAAGCCAUCACGGCCGUGUGAACGCCCGCGUAUGAGCCGCCGCCUGAAGACCGUCACUCGUACGUUCGGUGGAGUCCUGUGUCACCGUUGCUUGCGUGAGCGCAUCAUCCGUGCAUUCCUGAUCGACGAGCAGAAGGUCGUAAAGGUGCUGCGCGCUCAGCAACAGGCCAAGCCUGUCACCAAGCCAGCCAAGGUUGCGAAGGUCACCAAACCGACGAAAGCCAGCACCGGCAAAUCGAAGUAA